GCCACUCACCGUCCCUCUCUUCUGCACAAGGUGGAGCCUUCGAGAAGCCUCGCGACCUGGGGAGCAACCGGUUAUAUAGUCACGGCAAUGCACCCUCCACCAAUGCAACUGUCAACCUAAACAAUCCUGUACAGUUAAUUGAAGCACAGAAUUGAAGCUUGUUUCCAAGCUUAAUCCCGACCAUGUCGGCAAGACUACAGCUAUCCCGGGGCCGGUUGCUCCGACCUUCGAUUCUAUCGUCAUCGACCCGGAUCCUUCAACCGUCCCAAGCAUUAUUACGUCGUACUCGACUAUUGCCAACCCUAGCAAGCAACAAUCUCUUCAAUCCUCGUGCGAUCAUCCCCUCUCGCAGUUAUGCCAAUGGCCGUCCCCAUCCCCCAGGAGGUACGCAUCGUAUGAACCUGGGUGGCGAACCCGAAAAGUCAGCAUUGGAACAAUUUGGUGUCGAUCUCACGGCUAAAGCCAAGGCGGGCAAGCUGGACCCGGUCAUUGGGCGAGAUGCGGAGAUUCAUCGCACCAUCCAGGUCCUAUCCAGACGAACAAAGAAUAACCCUGUCCUUAUCGGAGCUGCAGGCACAGGUAAGACCGCUGUAUUGGAGGGAUUGGCCCAGCGCAUUGUCCAGGGCGAUGUCCCCGAAAGUAUCAAAGACAAGCGCGUUAUCUCUUUGGACCUGGGCUCCCUUAUCGCAGGUGCCAAGUUCAGAGGUGACUUUGAGGAGCGUUUGAAGUCUGUUCUCAAGGAGGUCGAGGAGGCGCACGGCGGCGUGAUCCUCUUCAUAGAUGAGUUGCAUACGUUGCUGGGGCUCGGUAAGGCUGAAGGCAGUAUCGAUGCCAGCAACCUUCUGAAGCCAGCGCUAUCGAGAGGAGAGCUUCAAUGCUGCGGAGCCACCACCCUGAACGAGUACCGCUUGAUCGAGAAAGAUGUGGCUCUAGCUAGACGUUUCCAGCCGAUUCAAGUCGGCGAACCUUCAGUCGCCGCGACAAUCUCCAUCCUGCGUGGCAUCAAGAACAAAUACGAAGUCCACCAUGGUGUACGAAUCACAGACGGCGCACUAGUGGCAGCGGCAACGUACAGCAACCGCUACAUUACCGAUCGCUUCUUGCCAGACAAGGCCAUUGACUUGGUUGACGAAGCAGCUUCGGCCUUGCGACUGCAACAGGAGUCAAAGCCGGAUGUGAUUAGAGAAUUGGAUCGCGAUAUCACGACAAUCCAAAUCGAGUUGGAAUCUCUCCGCAAAGAAACCGACGUCAGCAGCCGCGAAAGACGCGAGAAGCUACAGGAAGACCUGAAAGCCAAGCAAGAGGAGGCCGAACGCCUGACCAAGAUCUGGGAGAAGGAGAAGGCUGAGAUUGAAGAACUUAAGCGCACCAAGGAGGAGCUAGAGCGAGCACGUUUCGAGUUGGAACAGGCACAGAGAGAAGGGAACUUCGCAAAAGCCGGUGAAUUGAGAUACGCCACUAUCCCCAGUCUCGAAGCCAAGCUACCCAAAGAAGGCGACGAGUCGACUGCCGGCACCUCCUCUAGUCUCAUUCAUGAUUCGGUUACCGCUGACGAUAUUGGAAAUGUUGUCUCGCGGACUACUGGUAUCCCCGUGAACAAGCUCAUGGCGGGCGAGGUUGAGAAACUCAUUCGUAUGGAGGACACGCUACGUCAGUCGGUGCGCGGGCAGGACGAGGCGCUUUCUGCAGUCGCUAAUGCAGUUCGUAUGCAACGAGCCGGCCUUAGCGGGGAGAAUCGCCCUCUAGCUUCGUUUAUGUUUCUUGGUCCCACCGGUGUUGGAAAGACAGAGCUUUGCAAGAAGAUGGCCGAGUUUCUGUUCUCGACCGAGACCGCCGUUGUGCGAUUCGAUAUGAGCGAGUUUCAAGAAAAGCACACUAUCAGUCGCUUAAUCGGCUCUCCUGCUGGUUAUGUGGGUUACGACGAUGCUGGUCAGCUGACAGAGGCCGUUCGACGCAAGCCGUACGCAGUUUUACUCUUCGAUGAGUUCGAAAAGGCUCACCGUGAUAUUUCCGCUCUUUUGUUGCAAGUCUUGGAUGAAGGCUUCUUGACAGAUGCUCAAGGCCACAAGGUUGACUUCAGAAACACCCUUAUUGUCCUUACCUCGAACCUUGGUGCCGAUAUUCUUGUGGGUGCCGAUCCGUCAUACUCCUCCAAGGAUACAGGAAGCUCGGAACUCUCUCCCGAAGUCAAGAAAUCAGUUAUGGACGUCGUGCAACAUGCAUAUCCGCCCGAGUUCCUCAACCGCAUUGACGAGUUCAUCAUAUUCAAGAGGUUGUCACGGGAGGCUUUGAGAGAUAUCGUCGAUAUCAGGAUUAAGGAGCUUCAGUCGAGGCUUGAUGAUCGACGAAUGGUCCUCAAGGUCGACGAUGAGAUCAAGGACUGGCUUUGCGAGAAGGGCUAUGACCCCAAGUAUGGUGCUCGUCCUCUCAAUCGCCUCAUUGCCAAGCAAAUCGGCAAUAGGCUGGCCGAUAAGAUCAUUCGUGGCGAGGUCACGGCGGGCCAGACUGCCCGCGUGACUUUCAAUGAAGAGAAGGAUGGGCUGGCCAUCACUGCGGAAGCUACGCCUGAGGCGAAUUCUGAAGAUGCUUGAGCGUUAAUGAUAUUCUAACUCAUGUUGAUCAUGAUAUGUUCCUGGCGCAAUGUUGGCUGGAUAUUUGAACAUGCUGGUUUAUAGUCUUUCAUAUCUCCCCUUUCAUGUAUCAUAGCAUUAUUGUACCAAUUUACAGAAUUUAAUGGACA